AAGUUACUGAAUAUAUUAUAUAUAAUAUAUUAUAUGUUGUGAGACUGAGUGCUAAUGCAUUUAUUAAACCCGUGUUGCAUUGUAAUCAUUUAUGUUUGAGCUGCAAUGGGCAAUGCGCAGAGUUACGUUGUUCCCUCGCUCUCUGCGUGUUGUGUGUAUUUAGUUUAUGUUCACAUUUACUGCUCUUACAGGUUGUUGAGAACAAAUGUUCUCUACGACGAGAAACUUCCGAGUUUCGUGUAUCUUUACAUCAAAUAUGGGAGCAAAGCUCUGUUCUGGAGGCCGGGCUGCCUGCACACACACACUGCCAACCAGCCGGAAGUGGUUUACACGGUGCUGAACUGCAGGCUGCAGACUCCCCUGUUGAGGAGGUUCUGCAGCGCUGCAGGAUAUGGUUGGGAUUAUCCGGACACUGAAUAUCGAGACGUCCCGCUUUGCUUCCCGGAGGUUCUCUGUCGCAGACUGCUGCUGAUGGCCCUCACUGAUCACAACUUCCAGCUCAGCCCAGCAGGUCUGCUUCGUGUGCGUCAGAGUGUGAAGACCCUUCAGCCGGUUGAUGAACUGAAGAAGGGUCCGUUCAGGCUGCAGGUUCGAGUCCAGGAGUACCGGCAGCUUGAAGCAGGGCAGGAGGUGGACGUCUGUCUGUCUGCUACUUCUCGCACCGGGUGCCCCGUGUGGGAGAGCGUCCUGACGCUGCUGUCCCAAAACAAGCUCCACAAAGUCAGCAGACGCUCACCUGAGAACAAACACGGACGCCAACCAGAUGAUGUGAAGCAGGUAGAGCUCAGAGUUCCCAGGACCACCGGCCUGCAGUGUGUUUGGUUCUUCUCCGACUGCUCGCCCUACCGGCUCCUCUCUCUCGCCGCCCGGCUCUUUGGCAACAGAUCUCAAGGCGCACCGAGUCUCUGGAUGCUGUCUGUCUGCCUGGCUGAAAUAGAAAAGCACAAAGGGGUCGGAGUCAUCACGGCUCCCGUCAGCGUGUCGGCUCAGUUCAAGGAGCCUCUGUUGGUCCCGGGCAGAGUCACCAUCAAGUUUUGGGAGACGACCAAAGACGUCGGUGAGUCUCCUGCCAUCGGCUUCCACAUGCAGCAACAUGGAAGCGACAUAUCUCACGUGACGGGGUUGAUUUCUAGGUAAGUUCCAGUGCAU